GUUCGAAGUGAACUCGCGAGCGGCCAACACGUAAGCGGCGGGUUGUGCAGCUGGGGAAAAAGACAGCGAAACAACAACAAAAAACAACACCAACAAUAACCAACUCGAUAAUAGGCAGCGGCGCAACUGAAGUGUGAAUUCAUAUUGAGGUUAUGUAACAAAAUAUAUGGAAAACGCGAAAACAAAACGCAGUUAAAAUAGUCAAAUCACACGCUCACCUAAAAAAAACGGUAAUUCCAAGCACGCGCAUCGUUUAAGUAUAUCGCGCAUUCGCAAUGGAGGAGGGAAAAAUUCCGACGCAGACGCAGGCGCAAAGUCAUCCUUUGGAGGAUGUAUCUCUCAAUGGAAACGAUGACGACAAGCAGACGCCCAAAAAUUGGGUUAAAUUCGACGACGAGGCGGACAGCGGCGAAAAAAACAAUAACAGUAACGACGACAAUGCCACACAACAACAACAGCAGCAGCAGCAACAACAAAACAAGUUAACUCUGCCGCCACCGCCGUCAGUUGUUAGUAGCAACAACAACAGGCGGGCGCGCUCGCGCAGUCCAACGACAACAACAACACCUGUCCAGCGCCCGGCCGUUUCCUCGACCACAGCUGCGACACCGGGCGAGGUGGUGGCCCAGGCCAAGGCCCCCUUGCCGGAUGUGGCACCCGCUGUUUUGACAACCGAGAGCACGCACGUUAAUCUGAGUGCAUCCGGCAGUGGCAUUGUCAGCGGUGCAAGUGCCAAUGCAAGUGCAAAUGCAAGUGCGAGUGGAUCUGCAUCUGGCCCGGCCCGACACCCCGCGCAGCUAAUAAACCAAAAAGCCUCCGCUGCCCCCCUCUCAUCGCCGGCUGCAGCGGCAACUUCUGGCCACCAUCACAAUGGAGGUGGCGCCAACGGCACUGGAAUUGGCCAGCCGGCGGAUCAGGGAUCCGGGAUGCGCACAAUCGAACUGUCAACGGGUCGCAUCCGCGAGGGAUUCGCAAAUGGCGAUGUGAUUGUCACACUUCUGCCGGCCAACACGAAGUGGCCUUGGAUAACGCCUGCCAUAUUCCGGCCGGAGCUGGUGCCCGAGGAGCUGAUGGCUCAGGGCCUGACGCUCACCGUGGAGGAUUACGUGAAUGCGAUGGAGACGCUGGUGAACGACUAUCGCUUCACUGUGUACAAUAUUUGCUAUAAGCGUAUACUGGUAUGCUGGAUCCUGUUCGCCUUUGCCGUUCUGCUGGCCCUUCUUUUCUCCGGUCUGCAGGGUGUGGCACUAUUUGCCCUUGGAGUGGGUUGGCUGUUCCUAAAUGCGGCGGCCAUUUUCCUGUGCAUGUGGGUCAAGCUGCGCCUGUCGCGCGGCCUUGAGAAGUGCCUAGCCCGCGUGAACCGCCAGCUGAUGCGCCACAAGAUCCUGUUGGUGCUGGACGACCGGGGUCGCAUCUCGUGCCACAAGGUCAACCUGUGCUUCAUGUACUUCGAUGCCACUCAGUGCGUUAGCUUCCUGAACGAGUUCCUGGAGCACACGGAGCAGAGCGGAGGCGAUGCCAUCAAGGCGGGCUGGGAGGCGAAGCUGGACAUAGACCUCGAGGAUAUCGUCAUCCAGGGCAGCCAGCCGGUGCGAAUGCCCCGCAAGCAGGCCGUGGCCCAGGAGCUGUUUCUGAGCUACCUGCAACGCUGGGGCAAGGACUUUCUGCGCCGCCGUCUGGAUUGGACCGUCCAGGAGGCCGGCGUCCACGAGACGCCCCGCCAUCUGCAGUCGUCCAUCUGCCCGUGCCAAUACGAGGAGGAGUUGUUGCGCAACAAGAUCAAGAUCAGCCUGCAGCAUCGCCACUGCUGCGGCAUCAACUGCAUGGGCUGCUGGCUCUAAUCUCUGACAUGUAAUCCUCAAAUAUUCCCCUUCUUAGAUUGCCCCGAAUCUAUUAAAUUUUGGUUUAGUGAAAACAGAGAAAAUGUUUAUUUUAUUAAUAGACCCUGCUAUCUGACACUUGCUUAUCCUCAGAAAUUUUUGCAUUUCAGUACUUCAAGUGCUUUUCACAAAUAUAACUAGAGUUCUUAUCAAGUAUCUACAAUUUGUUAAAGUACUUAUUAGCAUUCGUAAUUCUUUUAUUUUAAAAUAUAUAUUUAAUUAUAUUUUCAUAAUUCUCUUGUAAUAGCAUGCUGUAUUUAUUAUUAGAACUGACUGAUUUGCAAAGAAUCUGUUUAGAAACCAAACUUUUAAUUGAAAUCAGAAAUUGAUAUUAUUUGGGUUAUCUUGUUUUCUUUUUUUGUACUUAAAAAGCUUCAUUACGUGUUUUGAGGUGCUGUAAUAUUUAAAGAACAAUUAUCUUUGAAGUUAGUUAAUAAUAAUAAAUUGUAUAAGAUAGGCUUUCAAUUUCUUAAAAUAUUGGUUUGCUUACAGUAUUAUCACCCAAUGAAUUUUACUAAAUUUAUGAGGCCCAUAGUUGUUAAAGUUAUUGUAUCUUAACCAUUUUUCUUUUUAAGUUAUUUGUGUAAAUUGCGGCUGCUGCCGGAAAGUAUGCAGUAUACGAUCGAUGCACUUAUUACUAAUUACAUUCCUCAUACGACUGUCAUUACCCUACGUUCCUAACCCGACUCACCAGCACCAUCCAUAUGCACCCUAUCUGUUUACCCCGUGUCUCACCCCCCGAUCUCCCCCGAA